AUGGUAAAUGUAAUCACAGGUCACCAGAACUGCCCCCUUGAAACAGCUGCUCGGCUGUCUGAUAGGGUCUGGUUCUGGCAACAACGGUGCAGAGCAAAGCUCGACCGUUUUCAGGCGCAACUGAGGGUGUUGCGCCCAGCCAAGCGAGUACGUCGCUGGCGCGUCAAUAGAGUGGAAGACCUCGACUAUUUCGUAUACCGAGGGCGAAGAGACGAGAUACCAAUUCAAUGCGAGUUCAGUGACCGGUUCAUCAAGAACAUGCCCGUUCCCGAACCCGAGCCCGUUCCAGAAGAGCCUCCUCCGGAGCCGAGUCCAGAACCACCGGGCCAUUGUUCAUACAGCAGCAGCGAGUACAGCCAGGAUGACGAGCCAAGACCUCAUCCUCCGCUUAGUCCAGCUCCACCACCGAGUCAUUAUUCAUACAGCAGUAGCGAGUACAGCCAACCCGGCGAGCCACCUGGCCCUCACACACUGUACCCGCGCGAUCCCAUGUGGUUCCUCACACAAAUAUCCAAGUGGGGUCCCUACCAUACUCAAAGAGACUACGGCCUGAACGAGGACAACGCCAUUGAGUAUCAACACAUGGAUAUGGGCAACGAUGACGACUGGACAAAUGCGGCCUCGAGUUCCGACGAGGAGGUGGAUGAGCAAAUCCAGAGCGAGCUGGCCUACUGUAUGCACAAUGUCGACACGAAGGAGAACACAUUGGUCUCGACCAUCAAAAACUUCCGCCACGCCUUACUUGUCGAGGAGAAGUAA